GCGAGCCACUGCUCUCGGUACAGGCAGUCUAAAAAAGAAUCGAAGUUUACGUAGUAGCAUGGUAGCAUUAGUAGCGCGUUAGGGGCAACGAUGAACGCCAAAUUUUCUCCCUACAGCGAUAGCUAUGACACACCUGACUUCGUAUUUGAUUACACCUCAGCGUUUGAUUAUUCUUCUAUUCAUCACAUGACGGCGCUGAAGAAACCCGAGAAAUACAUGACAAUAUUUAACUAUAACAAGCGCCAGGUUGUUGUGGAUUUGUCAGAUUGCGAGCCGGAACCGUGGCAGUCGACUGUUAUUAGAACGAUCGUGACGUUCUUCUGCUACCUCUUCCUCGUUUUCACAUUUCCAGUGACGUGCUGGGUCUGCAUAAAGAGAGUGCCGUCCCUGGAAAGGAUCGCCGUCUUUCGUUUGGGGAAGCUGCAGCCAGUUCAGGGUCCAGGCCUUGUGUUGGUGUUCCCGGUCAUUGACUCUUACAUGAAAGUUGACCUGAAGCCCAAGGUCUUUGAGGUGCCCGCACGUGAGGUUCUGACUGGUGAUGGAGCAAUCAUCGAGGUGGGAGCCGAGUUGCAUUGGCAGGUGGUUCACAGUGUCCGUUAUGUCACACGAGUGAAAGAGGUUGAUGCUACAGUGGGAGCACUCUGCCAGCAGUGCUUGGCAUCUCUGUUGGGCUGCAGUGACCAGGAUGACUUAGACCGGCGUCGUGAGGCCAUUGAGGCCACACUUCUGACCAAGCUGAAUGAAACAAUCCUUCCAUGGGGGCUGGAGGUCAUCAAGGUUACUCUCAAAGUGGCCCGUGUGGUGAAAACAGCUGAACCAAGCAAUCCGCUGACUCCUGUAAUGUCUGCCAUAAAGAGUGUCCUUGGUUUUCCCUCGGAACAUGCCAAAACCCAAGCAUCAGUUCCACCUGGUCCUGGAGGCCUACAUGCUGUGCCAGCAAGCCCAAGUGAGCCACAGUUCGAGCAGCUGGUGCAGGUACUACACCAGCUGGCCCUGUUUGCUGCCCAGCAAAAUGAGUUUCAGGGUGUCUGUGCUACGUACACACUCCAGAUCCUUGCUGACACCAAGGAUGGCAUCACAGUUCAUGUUUGCUUUGACCAAGGUAGUGUGGAGCUGGUUCGUGGCAGCGACCUGGGAAACAGAAGGAAUGCUGAUGUGACGCUGCGCCUUUCUGCUGAUGAUCUGACCCUGAUCCUAUGCGGGAAGGAGUCUCCCAUGCAGGUGUACAUGGGUGGCCGCAUUCAAGUCCAAGGCGAUUGGUCUUGCCUGCGUCGUUUCAUGGGCGUAAUUGACAAAUGCUCUACCGGCUAGAACUUGCUUGUUUUUUCCAGGUCAAACCAUUCAAUUUACACAUUGUAGCUUUUGCAAUCUAAUAUUUAACAGUAAUGUGAGCUGUAUGCUUAAAGGCAUCAUUGUACUUACGCUUUGCAUGCUGAUUUGCUGUACGGUUUGUUACAAGCACAUAAUAUAGCAAUGCUGAACUAUGAGGACAAAAUAUUGUGAAGUAGCUCCAAAUUAUUUCAUCCUUGGUUUCUAUGAAGAAACUUAUCUGAUAGUAGUGUAACGUAGAGGAGUAGAGCUUGCUUCAACAAUGUGUAAAUCACAAUGUUGUAGUCAUUGGUGCACUUGCCAGCACAUGUUAUAUACCUAUGCAGGACAGCUUUUUUUAUGUAGUGGACUCCCUUUAAAACAAUUGCUUAAGAAACACUCAAGAUUAAUUUGUCUUAUCAGACAUGUAUCUGAACAGUAAAGCACCAAGUUUAUGCUACACACAACAAGGUGCCAAAAAUUUCUUAGCUUAUCAGAAAAUUGAUUUAAACAGAGGUGGUCUUAAAAGCUGUUUACUGUGUUAUAAACUUACACAGUCGAGCGCCUUUACAACUAAUGUUUCUACAACUAAAUAACCUGUAUAACAAAGGUAUAAUUGUGUCCCAAUUCUAUUGUAAGCAGUGUGGUGCGCAACCUUUAUACCAAAGUGACCUGUAUAACGAACGAUUUCGGAGGCCCCAAGUACUUAAUUAUAAAGGCAUUCAACUGCAGCAUUGCACUUGACAGAAGAUUGAUGUCAUUGUAUGUUUCCCUUCAAAACCUGUGAUUUGCAGAGAUUUAUUAACAUGAAAAAAAAAAAGCAGGAGCUCUUUAUCGGUCAAAAUCUUUUCCAUGUUGCCAAACACUUGUAGCGCGAGCAUAUUUAAGCAGAUCAGUGGUGUCAUUCUUAGACAUGCAUUGUGUGCUAGUCAUCUUGAUGGUUUUAUUUUGUGUCAUGAUUUCUGAAAUUUAGAUAAAAUGUGAUCUGAAAUACUAGCAUUUGCAGUGAUAAACACAUUCCAUUCUUGGUUUUGUGAGCAUACACCCAAAGUUCACCCUCGCUUUAACAGUGCUCUGAGUCAUAUACCUAGUCACUGCUUGAACAGUAUUGGAAAUGUUAAUUUCAAGAAGAAUAUGCUUCUCAUUUUAAGUUGUGUACAUCUUAAUGUCAGUGGUGUUCUUUUUUUUUUUUUGAAAGUUUGUUAUAAAGCUUUUACAAUGCUUACAUUGCGAAGAGUGCAGGCACUUUAAGGUUUAACACCUCAUUCUUCAUCCACAUUUCAGCAUCUUCCAUCAAUAACAUUUCAAAUGUAUCUUCUUGUGUGACCAUGUUGGAUCAUAAGUACAGUAUUGUCUGAGAACCACUACCAUCAAGCAAAAAGUUAUGUCUGACUUGGGAUAGAGCAUGGUCAAAGCUUUGUGCAAACCAAUUGUUUUCGUAUUUAUUUAUUAUUUAUUUUUUAAACAUGUAUAAUCUUGCUUUAUAUUAUAACAAUAUUCUGAGCAAUAUUUAAGAUUUUUGUGAACAGCAACAAUUUUUUUAUAAAUGUGUAGCAAUAUGGCAGAUUUAAUAAAGUGCAGUGCUUACUUUCUCUUCUUGUUUUGGCAAUUGAAGUGCACUUAGAGAAGUACUAACAUGGUACUUGUGACUGUUCAUUUUUUUCAUUAGAUGAAGGUCCUGGACCUCUAAAUUCUAGAAAAAAUGCUGGAAAGCCUCAAAGCACUCUAAAUAAUAUAACAGCCAGUUUUGGUUUCAUUUCUAUUGUUCAUGACAUCACAAUGCAGAAGGGAGAAGACGUUGCGAGGUUUUGACACUCUUCAUCUGCUAUGUUGAUGAAUGAGUAGCAGCAUAAGAGGCAACUGAGUAAACCAAAACAAGUGUCAAAAUGUCACAAUGUCCUGCACUUUUGUGACCACAUUCUGCUUCAUGAAAUCGCAACGCAGCAACUGCUUCAAAAAUGAAAACAAAACUGGCCGUGUAGCAAAGCUAUUACAUUAAAUUAUGUAGGGUACUCUGAGGCUUGUCAGUAUAUUUUCUAGGGCUUAGAGGUCUAGGGUAAUAUAUAUAUAGCCCACAGUGACUGCUUACAGGUUGAAUUAUGUGGGAUACCACCCUUUAAAGGAAUACUGACAUAAUAUUUAGUCACCAUGGGCUAUAUAUAUAUAUAUAUUUCUUUUUAUCUGGUUAUUUUAGAGUAUCAAACACCAUUUAAAUGCAGGGAGAUCUUGUGCAUUACUGUUACUAUUAUUAUGCAAAGGAGGUUCGCAGAGCGCAUAGUAGGUGCACACCAGGCGUAAACUGGAUGAUACAACAGUCUACGCUUAGUAAACCAGCCACCACCUCCGAACUCUUGCAUUGCAAUGAUUAUCACAGCCUUGAAACAUGCAUCUUCUUCACUACACUUCUUUUUUGUUUUUUUCUUUUUUUUCUUUUCUUUUUUAAAGUAAACAUUUCGAACUUUCAUUACUCUCUUUGUCGCUAUAAGGUAAUAGUUUUUAUUUUAUUUUUUAAGUUUGCUAUACCAAGGACUCUGCAUAACAGUAUUUUACAUGUGUGAUGGGUGAGAACAAAAAUAAAGCUUAAAGGGCCGUUCACAAGGUCUGACCAUUUUAAGCUAGCCAUUUCACUGUCAGGUCACAAUGGCGGAUGAUGAUGGGAGAAACGAGAUGAAAGAACACAUCGCAUAGGUGCUACCAUCACACGCACGAGUCCAGGCACAUGUCACCUAAGAAAUGUGAAAAAGCACGCAUUGCCUCUGUCAUCCGCCAGCUCUGGUUGUGCGCCUAGCAGGAGGUCCUCCCAUAGUGGUUUGCUGUCUAAAUGCCUCAAGGUAGCUGCCAGUGUCAGUCUUUCGCACCCAUAUACAGGGCACACCACGAGCACAUGGUCUAUAGUCUCAACAGCGCCAUUAACCGGUAAAAAUGAAGCGUAAUUGUACUGGGUAAUUUUUUGUGUCCUCGAUCGCCAAUGUUGGUGCUAAGAAAUCGUACGAAACAGUAUUGCAUCAACAAGGUUCUACUGUACUCAUUGUUCACAAAUACUACUAGCAUUUUUUGUGCAACUUAUUUGUAUAGGAAUAACUAUUUCAUAUGGUUUUGUAACAUGCUGGUACCUGAAGUUGGCAGUGUAAACGUUCUUACACAGUUUAUCAUUUUGGCUUAAGCUCACUCUCACAAACCUAGAAAGUUCCUUUUUGUUAUCUCUUGCCUUGUAAUGUAGACUGUCUUCACCCCCAUCUCCCCUUAAGGCGGAAUUCGUGAAGUAGUUUUCGUGUGUGCUCUGGCCGGCAUCACUCCUGUUCACAGUACUUCUCUCAAAAAUAAAAUGCACUUUGCAGAGAGACAUCCAAGUAAAUAUAGGGUAACCAUUGUAUGUAAAUGUUGUCAGUACUGUUAUAGCAUUGCUUGUACGAUUAACAGCGUACUGACUUGGGCUGGUUUGUAUAUCUUGGUAAGUAGCAGAUUUUUACAGCAUGGCACAAGAAACAAAAGCAACCUCGGGGAUAGAGCUGUGUCUCCAAUCAAAUGCUAUAUUUUGAGAAACAGCAUAUAAAGGCGCAUGAAAGGGGCACACAAGAAAAGGAAAUAGUAUCGGCAUUAUGGAUAAUGCAGUUCUUUUGUCAGUAGAUGUAGGAACUGCCAGCUGAUGCAUGCGUCAUCAUCUGUCAAGAUACAUGAAGCAUCGAAUACCUUGUGGGCACACUUUGCACAAUUCUUUCUUGCUAUAUUGUUGUUUUCAAAGAGUAAUGCAGCUGCGCCUCUGGCAAUGGGGGAUAAGAUGACUGUAGGAGAAUCCUUUUAGUUAAUCGGCAUGUUCCUGUAGGUGGCCAUUGAUACUUCUUUCUGUUUGCCCGAUGUAGCAAUGAUUUCACAUAAGCAGAAUUUCACACAUAAUGUGUGUACAACAUUCAACAAAACAGCAAGCAUGUCUUUUAAAAGAGUAUGGCCGCUUCUUGGUUUCUUAUUUUAUUCAUCCUCCUGCAUAAUCCAUUAAGCUUGUUGGACAUGCUAAAAAUUACGUUCACUGUGACGUUUGCCACCAUUUCUGUUAUGUAAAGAGACAUGCAGUGUACAUAAAAGAUAUUGGCAGUCCUUGGUUUAGAAGGCUGAAAUAAUUUCUUUCUUGAUGUGAAAGCAUCAAAUGGCCCAUUGAGUGAAAACACCAGUGUCUGUAGCAGCUAAGGGGCACAUAAAUUCUCGUUGGCUGCGAUGCCACAUCACGGGCGUGCCUCGACGGAGCAGAUAUGAUGCCGCAGGGCAAGAUGGGUUGUCGUUGCCGAGGCGCUCAUGUGACGCAUGCAUGCGGGUGCCGCCAUAUCACUCUAAGAAGCCAGCAUGCAGUCUAUAUCUGUCUCGCCUCUCUCACCCACCACUGGCAUUAGCUCUGCUGCUUGCUUGGUUUCUCGUCGCACAGGAUAUCGGUGGCAUGCGGUGUUGGCACUGUAGGCUGCUGCUUCCUGGCUCAGGCAGCAUGUACUGCUGUGGUGUACAUUACUUGCAGCGCACAACUCCAAGUGCUCAGCGGUAUUCAAUUGGACAUUAAUGCUAUCGUAAUCACAACUCAAGAAGUGCUUAGGUGUCCUCAGAUUUUUUUCUUACCAGUUUUUCUUACCACUUAUUAUGCUGCCUCCAAAGAUAAAGCAUUUGGUUGUUCAGUGCUCAGUACCCGUGGUUCCUUCUGUGUCCUGUUUUGUGCUGUUAAAGUCUGCUUUUCCUUUGCAUGGCCUCUGUGAAUAUUGUUUAGUUUGGCACUAAGUUCACAUUUAGCAGUUAGUGGGAGCUAAGUGCAUUGGUCUUCAGAAGCAUCUGAGGCAUUUAAAAUUGUUUUUGUUACAUCAAGAUUCAGUAGUGUAGUGCUUAUUUGCUAACUUCUGACAGGACAGGUUCCUUAGAUUACAGUAAUUGUAGGCACAGCAUAACAGUGCUAUUGAAUGACCACCAAUGUAUUUUGUCAUAGAUACAAGAAAGUUUACUUGAAAUCUGCUCCAACAUAUGGCACAUAAAGCUGAAGGUUACAUUGCAAUGUUUGCCCUGUAACUCAUAAUUAGAAGCUAACGGCAUGUUCUGGAACAAAAAGUUGAUAUGGCAAUUUCACAUGUUCUUAUUGUCAUAGUUACCAUCAUAAUAAAUUCUGCAGCUGCAGGACAUCAUUCCAUUAUAUUUGUGUUAACAUUAGUCAUCGGUGCUUUCAUUAGAAGCUACAUUACUUAAGUGCAUAGAUGUACACCUCAUCACAAGAAAAGUAAAGGCCAGCCAUCAGUGGCCAACAGUGUUCAUCUGGCCUUUACUUUUUUUUGUAAUGGGUUUUGCCUCAGCUUUCUGUACAUAGUUUAUGAUUAGGCUGACAUUUAUUACACUAAGGUGGCUCAACACAUGGAACAUUCUUAAUAAUCAUUCCUGCCUGAAGUGAGAAUAGUUAUGUUGUAAUGAGUUAACUUAGAAUGAGAAUGUUCCGAGAUUACUUUGUAAGAAUAGUAAUGUUUUUAUUAUAUUUUAUUUGCUAUGUACAUACUUCAGCCCACAUGGGCUUAAUGACAUUACUUAAGAAUCCGGGGCAUAGCCAGGUGGGUGCACACUGGGCAUGCGCCCCCUACCCCCCUUCCCCCAAAAUUUCUGUGUACCAGGAUACGUGGCAUAAAACGAUGUGCGACAACACCCGCUUGCCUCCCCCUCCACGCCCAGGUCAAGUGCAUGCCUCCCCCCUCAAGAAAAAAAAAUGCUUGGUUACACCACUGUUAAGAAUAGUGACGUUCUGAUGAGAUUACUUUUGAGCCAUAAUUUUUAAGAAAACAUCCUAGUUCUUUCUAUUCAUGGGUGGCAGAAAUUUUGCACAAAUGGGCCCUUUGUUUUGCAGUGAAUAGUGCCAAUAAUAUUAGCACAUAAGUGCUGUGUACCUGUAUGCAUGUGGCUUUAUUUUUAGCAUACUCUUUCCUUAAUGCAAUCUUUUAAACAUUUGGACUCGGUCCUGUGGCUUUGUUGUGAAAUUUAAAAAAAAACAGGUAUUCAAUCCCUUAUGAAUAUUCUGCUUUUCUUACGCAGUGCUGACUUGUCUUGUCUGGCUUGUUGUGCGAUUGUGAGGUACUUGUUGUGAUGUGCUUGUUGAUACAGAACACUUUUAGUAUGUUGUUAUAGGUUUGUGACAUAAAAUGAAAUUCAUUGUCGUACAAUUGUGUGUAAUCAUGCAUUACCUUCAGUCCUUGAAAGUGUUUAGUCUUAAAGGAAGCUGCUUUGCAAAGUGGGGCCACGUUUUGUUUUAUUCCUUCCAGAGAAUCUUGCUUGAGUGUUCUUUUCAGUGCAUGGAUAAUUGUCAGGACUACAUCUCCACUGCUCUUAGCUGAGGAAAAGGUAGUGCUUGCUGAAUAUGCAGAAUUGUUUACAUGUACAUGUUGCCACCACUGUGUUCCUUUCAUCACAACUGGUUUGUACAUUCUUGAAAACUUAUUUUUCAAUCAAAUGUUUUGUUUUGAUAUUUUUUCAUCCGUCUGAAUGACGAAUAGUGACGGGAAAAAAACAUCAUGCCCUCACUUUUUUUCUUUUUCUAAAGCUGAAUGCAUUCAUUUUUAUUUGCCCAAGUUUCUUGUAAUUGGUACUACAUAUUUAGCUGAGCAUGUUCUGGGGAUCAUGAUGUGUCCAAUGUUUUUGUGUGUGAUUUCUGUUGUCUGGUUUUCUUCAGUAAGAGUUCAUGCACUCUGUUUGCAUUUAAAUUGUUUGCUGUUAUUUGAAAAGCAGAUGGAUGUUGCUGAGGGAAGCUCUGUUUCCCAGUAGUGAACAUUGAAAGAUACUAAGUGAGUCCUCUUAGGAUGAUAAUUUAAGACCUUUAUAAACUUUUAAGUGCACUCACUAGGGAAAUUUUUUCUCAUUGUCUCGAUUCAUGUGCAUCAUAACCCUCGUGUGGGCCACAUAUCAUUUGCCUAGGGAGCAUGUGGUUUACUAGUGGGCCAUCGGUGAGCCAAGGAUUUUCUGUGUGCUUUGGGGUUGUUUGUGUUGUUUGAAAUCGUGUUCAGCAAAAAUGUUUCCCCUGUGUUAAUUUUUGGCAAGAUGUAGCUCCCACGGUAGAUGAAAAGCAUAAAUACUCUGCCACACUGCAGGAAUAUACAGCGUGGCUUAUCGAUAACUAGCAGAACAGUGAACUUGCUAAUUAUAAAAAUGAGGUGUAGGGGAACUAAGCCAUGUCAUUGUGGUUUAAGAGCACUCAUGGCUUUAACCAUCAAAAAAAUUGCAUACGUUUCUAGUGGUCAGUCGAUGCUUAACACCUGAAGCAGAGCAGGAAAGAGCUUCCUUCUGACUUGCUGGUAACCCCUGUCACCUGGUAUGUGGCUCCCAAACAUUUCUCUGUGAAAGCUUUGCUACAUCAUGAGCCAAUACCAGCAUUACAUCUGAAUCAGACCAAAGUGGCAACUGGUUGGAUCCUAGCUGCUGGGCUCUAGAUAAUGUUGAACAGCAUUCAAGCAGCUGUUACGAUGUGCUUUGUAAAAUCUACUGGCUCUCUUGAACACUGUACUGAGGCAUAAACGUUGAGUCUACUAUCACAGUGGUGCCAUUCAAAGUAUAUGUGCAUGCAGUUCCCACAGCUUUUUAGUUACUCCAUGAUUAACAAUUUAUUCUUACUUUGUUAAUGCACUGACAUGACUAUGGCACCAAUUGUGCCAAAUUGCACCAAAAGGCUUGUAUUGUUUGCUAAGUCUGCUACUUUAAUGAAACAUUAAUAUUCUAUGCCAAGCCCAAUAAGACUGUUGUCACUUUUCAGAAACAAUGUGUCAUUUUCAUUUAAAUUAAACACAAAUUUGGUGAUUGUCAUAUUACAAAUGUCAAAAAUAUGUAUGUGGUGCAUAUAAAGAGCAAGGUUAUCCUUGUGCUAAUGUAACUUUGGUGUGGCUUCGUCUUGUUUCUUCCCGUGUACUUAGAUUUAGGUGCAUAUUAAAGAACGUGAGGUGGUCCAAAUUUCCGGAGUCCCCCACUACGGCAUGCCUCAUAAUCAGAACGUGGUUUUGGCACUUAAAACCCCAUAACUUAAUAUUUUUGAUAACCUUAUUUUUUUUCACUUCCGACUUGCUGAAGCAUCACUGCCUUUCAUAUUUAUCCUGGUUUCAAAGCCACAGUCAUUGCAGAAGGGAUUGCAUAUGAUGCUUCAAAUAACAGUAUGGCUGUUGUUAUCAGUUCAUUUCUGACUGGUUUCAAUGUAGCAUGAUUCUCCAUACCAGAUUUUUGUUGUUGCAAGAAGUGUUCAUGUUUGUUUCGUACUGACUAUAUCUACUGACAGAUCAUCAGGUCAUGUGCAAGCUUGAAACUGAUGUUGCAAAUUGAGUUUCUAGAUGGUGAGCUAAAUGUUUCUGGUGUACUUGAUACUAACAAAACUGUCUCAGGUUUAUUGUGACUGUGAAUAAUGAAAUAUUCCUUCUGAAGACUACCGAAAUGUAGUAACUGUCAGUGAUAGCUCACUUACAAAACAAGCUGCUUUCAUGUCUGUGGCACUUUGUUAAGCCUUAUAGAUGCCUUCUCUGUUAAAAAAAAAAAAGCAGCAGUUGGUUGAAGAGCUGCUGUUGCGCACUUUUGGUGUCCAGUGGUAAGCAUUCCACCACUGCAUGGCAAGUGUACAUGGCAUCUGCAGCACAUAAAGUGUGCAGGAAGUGGCCUGUGUGAUGCUGCUCUUUGGUGCACAACUGUUACACAUCGGUGUGCUGCGUGCCUCCACACCUCACGCUGCAGAGCACAAGAUGAAAGUAGUACUUGAAAAAGUGUGACAGGUGGCUUGCAUGAUAAGCACAGUUGUUCUUCUGAAAAAUUAUGUGGUUUGCAGUCAAUAUUAAUCAUAGAAAAUGAUGAGUGAUGGGUAGAGGUUUCAGUUAUACAUUACAUCAGCAUAGUUUCAUGUCGUAAAUGGUGUACUGAACUAUUUUGGAGCCCCAUUGGAAUCUUGCAUAUCUGGGCUUAGCUGUAGCACAUAUUUCAGCAAAUUGGGAACCAUGGAUGAGCAACAGCUGUCCUUCGACUGCAUACAUGUUUGAAAUGAAAGCUGGACUUGUCAUCCGUAUAUUUUGACAGAAAUUGGUUGACUAUGUGUACUUGUUGCCUUGGGGAAAAGAGUUUAUCAGGAUCAUUAAAUGCUUUAGUGUAGAGUUUUAAAUUGUGGCGCAGAUGUGGGAAGAAGAUGUUCUUUUAUGUGAUAAAUCAUUCAGUCAAUAUCUGGUUGUAUAAAUGUUACCGAUGUGCAUGUGUGAGGUACAUGUCAAGUUUUCAGUCUGCUCGCCGCUCUUGGCAGAAAAAGCUGGAAAGCCAGAAAAAAAACUUUUUGUGAACCAAUUGUAAAAAGAUUUCGUAAAAAGUGUGUUGUGAAGCAAAUAACUUUAGCAAAGGAUAUGCAUUAGAAUGCUUAAAAUCUUCAGUUGUUAAUUGGCAUUGGUGUAGGGGGCUUCAGCAAUAUUGAAAGUUAGCAUUCUCAGUUAAUGUUUAACGUAAAACGAAGCCAAAGUCAGACUAUUAAAACCCUUAAGCUAAAAAAAAAAUUUAUAGUUUUUUGUCGUGAUUUAUAUAAAUUCUUUUUUUUUUCUUUACUGCAGAAGUCUAAGUUAAAUUGACAAGCGGUACUUAUUUUUUAAAAUUUAUUUUUGAGUUUCCUAGUAGCAUUAUUAUGCUUAGACAUUCUACUUAUUAUAUAUAAAUCUCGAGAACACUGUAUAUUCCUGCUCUUUCAGACAUUAUAUUUACAUUCAAUCUUAUUCAACUUGUUCACACCCCCACUCGAGUCCAAGGUUCCUCAAGUUCGAUACUGGAUCUGGUUUUUGUUAGUGAUUAUUUUCCCUCAGCCGCAACAGACAUUGAAAUCCUAGACGGAGUGUCAGACCACAAACUUGUGUUGUGCACUCUGCCUUUUGCUGUUCCCUCAAAUAUAACAUGUGACGCAACACAAAUACUGUCAUUUAGUAAGGCAAAUGAUGCAGCCAUUAUGACAUAUCUCGUUCACGAAUAUGCCAACUAUUUUGAUCUGUGCAUGAAUGAAUCAUCAACCAUCGAUGAAUUAUGGGUGCAGUUCAAGGCUCAUGUCAGGCAUUGCAUUGAUCAUUUUAUUCCCACCGUAAGAAAACACACUAAGAAACAGAACCCAUGGACUACACGUGAUGCUAUUCACUUAAAACAUAAAAUCAAAUGCAUAAGAAAAUCGAACAAGACAUGUAUGAUUCCUGACUAUCACACUCGUUUCAAUUCUCUAACUCAGUCAUUAAAAAGUAAAGUAAAGAAACAUAAACAGCACUACUGCAGUACCACACUGAUUGGGUUCAUUAAAACUUCACCCCACAAUUUCUGGUGAUAUAUAAGCUCCCAAUGGUCAUAUAGUACGGCAAGAUCUACUAAAAUUGAUGCCGACUCCUUCAACAGUCACUUUCAGUCAGUGUUUACGCAUAACAGCUCUAGUGGGCUUACACUAGCAAGAGCAUGUGAAAACACACUGAUAGAUUCUCCAACAAUAUCCGAAGCGGGAGUACUCGCACCUUUGUUAAACAUUGAUGAGAAAAAAUGUGACAGACCAGAUGGAAUUCCAAAUAUGUUUCUGAAAUGAUAUGCCGAGCCUAUCAGUAAAUACCUCUGUUUAAUCACUAGAUGAUUGUCGCCUUCCAGCGCAGUGGAAGGUGGCAAAAAUUAUUCCAGUGCAUAAAUCGGGUAGUGUUUCAUCUGCAGCUAACUAUGGGCCCAUAUCCCUCACAUGCACGUGUUGUAAAUUAUUGAAGCACAUUAUUUUAAAAUUCAUGACAAAUUUUGUUGAAGCCGAUAAAAUACUCCAUAGAAACAAACGCGGAUUUCUCAGUGGCUUUUCGACGGCGACACAAUUGAUAGAAAUAAUUCAUGAUAUUGCACAAUGCCUCAAUAUCCAGUCACAAAUCGAUACCAUUUUCUUAGAUCUAUCAAAGGCCUUUGAUCGAGUAUCCCUUGUUAAACUCCACUUUAAACUCAUAAAUAUAUAUGGUGAAGGACCAGUGAUACAGUGGAUAUAUAAUUACCACUGUGACCGCUAUCAGUUUGUGCAGUAUGAUCACCGCACCUUGCAAUUAGUUCGCGUUCUUUCAGGAGUCCCUCAAGGGACAGCUUUAGCUCCACUUUUGUUUCUGUUGUGCAUAAAUGACAUUCCAAAUGACCCUGAUGUAAAAAUUCAACUAUUCGCAGAUGAUUGCAUGUUGUACACAGAAGUACAGGAUGCUAGUGAUCACGAAAGACUGAGCAAUGCCUCAGGAGAGAUAGGAGAGUGGUGCAACAAAUGGCAGAUUACGAUUAAUGUAGGCAAAACAGUUUCUAUGUAGAUAAGAAAAAAAUCAGAACUUGACUUGUGUACUCAUUGAAUAACACGAAUAUCUGAAGUGUGACUGAAUAUCGGUACUUGAAUGUUUUAAUUACUUUUGACCUAAAUUGGACUGUGCAUGUCCAGAGCAUAACCAGCAAAGCAAUGUUCAAAUUGUUCUUUCUUAAGAGCGCCCUGCGUCACUCUGCUAGUGAUACAAAACAUUUAGCCUACGUCAUGUUCAUCCGACCAGUUCUGGAAUAUGCGAACAUAGCCUGGUUUCCUUACACAAAAGAUAAUGUCAAAACUCUUGAAAUGGUGCAAAGAAAGGCUGUGCGCUUUAUCUACAACUGUUAUAAACCCACUCAGUCAGCCACAGAAUGUUUACGCUCUGCAGGCCUCCAUAUGCUUUCCAGCUGUGCUAAAAUACACUGCCUCAAAUUUUUUUAUUUAUUACUUAAUUCAUUAAGAAUGUUCUGUUCUGACUUUGUUCAUAUUAACCUUUCACGAGAAACUAGACACAAACAUGCUCUAACACUUGAAGAAUUUUUUUUGUCCCAAUAACACUUUCCGAUAUUCAGUUUUUCCACAAGUACAUGACUGGCAUCAACCGCAUCCAUCGAUUACAGCUUAGCCAACCAUAGAAAAAUUCAUCAAGCUGUGUGAAAGCUCUGUCCUCUCAUUUAUUUUGCAUUGACAUUGUAAAUUGUGUUCUACUACUGCAGUGUUUUUUUUUCCCAUUGUGUUAAUUAGUUGAAAGUGCCUUUAUUGUUGCUUUAUUUUGCCUCUUUUGUCGAUAACACAUGUACUUUUUGUAUUAUCAUGCUGAUGUUAGAUCUUCAUAACUGAAGCCAAUAAACCUAACGUUGACUGUACCACCUGUUUUUAUGCCCACUCCUGUAAAAAUCCCAAAAGGGAUUGACAGUAUUAAAAAAAAUGAUGGGGUUUUACGUGCCAGAACCACUUUCUGAUUAUGAGGCACGCCGUAGUGGAGGACUCCGGAAAUUUCGACCACCUGGGGUUCUUUAACGUGGACCUAAAUCUAAGUACACAGGUGUUUUCGCAUUUCGCCCCCAUCGAAAUGCGGCCGCCGAGGCCGGGAUUUGAUCCCGCGACCUCGAGCUCAGCAGCCUAACACCAUAGCCACUGAGCAACCAAGGCGGGUUGGCAGUAUGGCAAGAUAUGCAAGACAGUGAAAUGCACAUCUAAUGCAGUCAUAAUGGAUCAAGAAACUGUUAAAUAUGAUCUGUUUCAUUGCCUCCCAUUUCACACACUGGCAUUGAUCACCACUGUAACUUAGUAUGAGAAUUAGAGAAACCAACCAUCCAUUUGUUGUGUGCUUUACUAAGUUCCUAUAAUAAUAAGAAACUGCAAAUAAAAAGGGUACAUUUUUCUUCAUUGUCUCAGUGUCCCUGCAGGGCAUUCAAGUGUUUCUCAUAUAGAGUACAAGCUUGUUUUUGUACUUUGUGUCCCUAAAAUUAUUUAAUCAUAGUAGAAGUUUGCAUCCAUACUCCUUAUUUUGCUUGAUGUGUAAUAUUACAGUGCACCUGAUAUGUAUUUAUUUUAAAAGUUGCAAAGCAUAACCUUAGAGGCGUCUGAAAUAAGAAAAUUCACAGUAUGUCUAAGUUUUUGAUAACUGCAACUGCCCAUAAAUUCUGGCUGCUUGACUGCACUCUACAUUAAAAAAAUAAAUAAUGAGCUGUUGCACAAUAGUGGUGACAAUACAUUAGUAAAUGAAGAUGUGUGCACACAAAAAUAUAUUUUGUUGUUGUCUACUGCCUCGAAGAAGACAUAGAAGCUGCAUUAAAUCAUGACAGUUUUUGAAAAGACAAAAGAAAUUAUAUCAUUGUGUUGGCUUUGUUAAUAAGAAAAUGGUGAGGCAUACCUUACCUUAAUACUAUAUGGCAGCCUAAAUGGCUUUGUGUAGUGAUGUUUUACUGAUCUAAUUAUUUCAAAACAUAUGUAUGCUUUUCCAAUAAGUACCUUUGCGUGAAGGCUUGGCACAGACCAGUGGGGAGAAAUUUCUGUGCAAUGACGUGUCAAAUUAGUAAAAGUUCUUGCUUUGUCUUAUCAAUGUGCCUUGUCUCUGCUUUGUGCAUAAUCCCCGCAAUGUCAUCUUGUUGAUCUAAACCAGACAUUUAGCUGCUGUGAUAAGUGAUGCAAAGUGAAUUGGACUUUUUUGUCUGUGCUGAUGCCAAACUUAACGAGGAAUGCAAUUUGUGUGCAGUAAGGAAGUUGAACAUCAUCUCUUCCUUAUUUAUUAUAUUAUUUUUGGGAAAAUAUACUUGAUUAUGUUUUAUAGCCUAUUCGUUAUCCAGUUUGUCAAGCUUCUGUUCUCAAAAAUAUAGCAGUGUUGGAAUUUUGCAUUGCAGGGAAGUGCUUGUUCUAUUUGGCUUAUUUAUAUUUUCUUAUUACAGUAAACGUUGCAGUAUGCCAGUGCAAAACAAACAAAUAAAAGAAUGGAUAAAUAAGCAGUAUUCGUCCUGUCUGUCACAGAGAGUUAGCAUUGACUGGCUAUGCCACUUGCUUUUUCUUUGGUGAAAGUGAUCAUUACCUCAUAUGAGAACUUGAUGCAAGUCUCUUUUUCUUAUCCCUCAGACAUCUAGACUACGCAAACUUCUGUUUACUGAUAUACUCAAUAGUGAGGAGUGAAUGGUAGCUGGGUGCAUAUGUUGAAGACUACUCAGGCAUUUAGUACUAUAUGGUGUUUUAUAGAGGUCAGAUAGCAAUACCAUGUGGCACGAAUAUUUAACCUAGUUCAUGUUGCACAGGGCUAUGUGCAUUAAAUGUGACUGUAGUGACAUGUGCAUACAUAUGAGAAUACAUUCUACGUUUAGCACAAUUCAGCAAAAAACUUAGCAGUGUUACUUGGAUGCAUGAAUGAAUUUUUUGAGCAGCAGGUUAGAAUAUUGACACAUUUAAGUUCUGUUAUAUGGCAUGUUUAUCCAUAAUCAUUGUGUGCCUCUUUUGUUUGACUAUAAAGAAAGAAAGAAAGAAAAUACAAUGUCGCAGCUGUAUAAAACUAAAAUCUUGAGUUGCAAGAGUAACAUCUGGGUCCUCAUAACCAAGUGUAUGUGAAAGCUUGAUUUGAUUAUCUUAUGCUCUUGCAUCUUUACAAUUUGUACCAAGGCUUGCUGUAAGCAUACUUGACUGCCACCUUACUUUUGUCAUGUUGCAUGUGCCUUUUUUUCCACUUAGAGAAAUGACAACAGGGACAGUAUAACUAGGGGUUCGCAGGAAGAUAGAGACUUGAAUUGAUCAACAGUGGCAAACAAGGAGACUCCUCAGCCUGGAGCCAUUAUUUCAAAGAAGGCAAUUUCUCUUCAAAGACAAGUCCUCUUUUCCAGAACACUGGCUCCAGGCUGAGAAUUCUUAUUUGGCCACUUAUGAUAAUAUUUUUCUGGGAGUUGUCGCAUGCUGGGUGCUGCACUAAAAUUUAUGAAUAAUGAUUAUAUCUUUGUGCUCAUUGGAUGUUAGAACAAAUUUAAUGUGUUGAUGUGAAUGAUAUACUGUAGCAUUGAAAAAAAAAAACAGUUCAGGCCCAUAAAACAUAAUUCAUGGCAUUGUGCACAUAGGUGAUUGUUUCCAUUGUUUAUCUGAAUGUAGUGUAAUUGCAUGUGGCCAUGCCAGAUGUGUAUAUGACACUAUGUGCAACAUGAUCCAAGGAAAACACGGGGAAGGUGGGAGAUCGAAAUUCAAGACGAUGAGCAAAACGAGAACUAGAUAAAAGUGGGAGCCAACGUUUCAACAAGUGUACUUGUCUUCUUCAAGGUGAGAUAUGUCAGUCAGUCAGUCUGUCUGUAUUUUAUUUUCACCAAACAAAAACAUCUGUGAAAAAAGAAAGACGGCGAAAAAGCUGCGGAUACUGCAGCUUGACUAAGCACUGUAUGCUCACUGUAUUCGUAUGCUUUCCUCGGCACAGUGUACAGAAUGUUUCACGUAACUUGAACCAAGGAUUUUAAAAAAGUAGUUAGCCGCAGCGGAAUGAAACCAAUGGCAUUUGGUUUGCCAUCAUGGGACGCUCCUUAGAGUAUUUUUUAUAUUCUGCUUAAUUAGUUAAUUAACUAAGAUCAACUAUGCAAAAUAUUUAAUAUUCACUUUAAGGCCAAGUGCAUUUCAUUGCUUUGUAGAGGGGAUUCUUAAACGACCGAUUCAAUUUUUUAUGGCAAAGUACAUGCUGCGUGGUGAUUUUUUUCAGCGUGCAAAGAAAGCCUGUGAAAUAUGAAAUAAAACCACGUGACUCCGCUCAUGUGCUAUCGUAUUGCAGCGCUUUCAACCGUGCUUCAUGCUAAAUAACCGUGCUCGCGGACUGUGGCGAAGUGAGCGGCUGUGGCUCUAGGCAUUGGCUUCACAUUGCGUCAGCAUCUUUGGCGGUGGCAUAUGGAAAGGAAGCAUUAUUGUCCCUGAUAAGUGAUAGGCUCAACGCACAAUUGAGAGCACUGCAGUACGAUAGCGCAUGAGUGCAGUCACGUGGUUUUAUUUCAUAUUUUGCAGGCUUUCUUUAAACGCCGAAAAAAAUCGUCAUGCAGCAUGUACAUUUCUGCAAAAGUUGGAUUGGUCGUUUCUGAACCCGCUCUACAAUGCAACAAAACGCACUUGUUCCUAAGUGAAUAAUACAUUUUUUGCAUAAUUGAUCUUAGUUAAUUAACUAAUUAAGUGGAAUACAAAAAUCCUCUCAGGAGCGUCACAUGAUGACAAACCAUAUGCUGUUGGUUUCAUUCAGCUGUGGCUAACCACUUCUUUUUAAAUCCUUGGUUCAAGUUACGUGAAACACCCUGUAUAUAGGUGGGGUUCUUCUAAAGGGGAGAGUGGGUAAUGCGGGUGGGUGAGGCAACGACCGAAGCUGUGUUAGUGGCGAGGCUGUACAAUUGAAACUAAAGGGGUGCUAUGCACAUGGCCAGUGACACUGCCGUGUGUCAGCCGGCGUGUCAACGUCCGUGUGCAUUGCACCCUUUUAUUAUCUGCUUCGCUAGAGGUCAGUGGGCUAUCGUCUCUGUGAAAGAGAUAAUAAAAAGAACAUCAGAAAAUGGUGCUCGGGAAAAAAACAUACUAAAACAGAAUAAACACAUAAUAAAAGAAAAAAAAGCAAGGCAGCAAAGAAGAAAAAAAUGCCAAGCAACCAAAUGAAAAUAACAGUACUGUUGCCUGUAGCUUGAAAUUUAGCAUAGCGAGUAGAUUAUAGAGCUCCCUUUGAAAUGUUUAUGCCUAUUGGUUGCAAUGUCUUAUAUUUAUGGAUGAGGUAUGAUUCUUUGUACUUUAUUUCUCGUUCAGAACAGAAAUUUGACUAUAAGAUGUAGAGUUUUAAGUUCGUCAAAGUUGUAACCUGCUUGGUUGAAAUGCUCAGUGAGUGCUUUGGGAAGCUUUUUAGCUUUGCCCGCGCGUUCCUUCUUACGAAAGGAACAUUCAAGCAUAUAAAUCACAUCCAAAUUAGUACAAAGAAAGCUAGUUUUCACUUUGUGUGUAUAACUAUUUGUGGUGCUCAUAAUUUUAAUGUCACUUUGAAGGUGCCUGCAGGUUUUUCAUCUGGGGCAACAACAUGCUUGGUACAUCCGGAAACACUUUUUUCAGACGCUCGUUACUUGAAAAUAUUGGGUGGUAGUUUCUUAGGAUGUUGUUUAUGUUUGGGAGGGCAUUAGAAUAUUUUGUUAUAAAGGCUGACGGUCUGUAAGGUUCUGGUGUUCUUAGCUAAUUCCGACUGCCUCUCCUAUCUUGAUGCGACGUCAUAAGCUCUGUCAAGAGGAAAUUGUGGAUAGUUUCUUUCUGCUAGCUUUGCUUUAAGGUCAUUUAGGUGGUGGAUAUAAUCAUUGUCUUCGCUGCAGAUUCUUCUUAUUCGUUUUGCUUGUCCAACGAAAAUUCCUUGCUCGCAGUGUCGCAGGUGAUGACUGUUGUAGUCUAAAUAUUGCUGGCUAUCUGUAGGCUUGCGGUAACCACCUGCCUUACCCCCUCCUCUUCUUUUUAGAAGAACCCUACCUAUACAUAGUGUGCCGAGGAAAGCAUAUGUCGCCUUGAAAAAGGCAAGUCCACUUGUUGAAACGUUGGCUCCCGUUUUUACCUUGUCUUUUUGCUCAAUGUGCAGCAUGAUGGCUUAUUGGCUGCAUGAGCUAGUUGACUAAUCAGUGCCAGUUCAUAAAUAGCCGGAGCCACAGACAGUGAGGAAUGUGGCAGAAAAAGCAAACAUAAAUAAGGACAGAGUGGUAAAAAAGAGUGACCAUAGUGACUUGCAUACCCAAAAUCAAUUGUAUCUGCAUUGAUUGCACAAGACAGAAGCAACUGCAGAAGGACAGUAUUACUAUGUGAUACCACAAGCAAUUACAAUCAUUUCAUUGAACACUGUCCAGUGGACAUUUACAGCUUUCACUAUGCUAGGCAUUGUGAAAGAAUAGGGAAAGACUUUGCACAAAGAUGGGGAAAAUUUAUUCAGAGCUCCACUGAUAUGGAAUGCUUAGCAAAAAUGUUUGUAGGAGGGGUCCCAUCUAUAAAAAUAAUGCCCCUUGAAGUUCACUAAAGAGUGCUACUUGGAAUUUUUAUUUGACUGCUCGUCUGGUGCUAAAGGCACUGUCCAUGUCCAUAUUGUGGCAUCUAUGACUAGGUGCUGUUGUGUGGUUCUUUGGAAGAAUGAUAUUUAAGGACAUAGUGUGUAAAUGCGUACAGAUGCACAACCCUCGUUUUUUUUUUUUCCUCCUUCCUUGUGUGCUUUCUUCACUGCUUGCUGCUGAUGAUGUCAACCUGCUACAAAAGUUACGUGUGAGAGCAACGGCCCCGUUUAAAAGUUGGAAGGUAACUGUUCCUUCUUCAAAAUGAAAUUGUGAUUGUUGUUGAGGACAUAUGAGCAUUCCACACAUAGCAUGAACAAAUAUGGGAAGGAAAAAGACUUUGCUACCAUACAUGUUUUGCCCAUAUCCAUUGGCUGCUGAUCAGUGAAUACCUUGUGAAUAGUUUUCAUGUCAAGGCACAACCAAGAUUGCACACAUACACUUUGAAAGUUUGUUUCCUGCAGUUUUUGUUGCUAUAGCUUAUAACAGCUUGAUAUUUAGUAAUUGUUUCCUGCAUUUUAUUGCAUUGUGCUUUCCUUGUAGUUUUCCUGCUCUCAUUUAGUUUUCAUGGGAGGUCCCCCUGACAUACUGUUAUACUCUGGGGGGUCUUCCACUGUGUCAAAAAAGGACGUGCCAGAAAUGUUACACUUGGAAUGGGUAGUACAUGUACACUUUAUCACAAAAAUAUAUAGGCUAGACGACCAUUGCCGGCAAUGGCAGACCAAGUUUUACUUUCUUAUUAUAGGGUGGGAUCUUAGCAGUAGAUGUUCUCAUCAGAAUUUAGUAUUUCUUUGGAGAGAGUUGGUUCUUGAAGAGCUAAUGCGGAGCAUUAGUUCCAAGAGUAACAAGAGGUUUUUACCUGUAUUGCCUCCUGUAUACAUGGCCGGUUGGGAGGUUUUUGUGCAGAGGCUCAACCAAGAGGACACAUUGCACAAAAUAGUUGGAAAUGCAAGAAUGUUUUCUUUAACUGUGAAUAUUUGUUCUGGGUUUUCCAAGUAUGCUGUUCUCUAACAACCUUAAGAGAUUCAAUUCAGGUAAAAUAAUUUCCUUGGCAUUUUGGUUUGAAAAAAUUUAUUUCAUUCAGCAUAGGUUUUUAGUAGCUGUAUUCCACAAUUUGCUAAAUGAAUGGUUUCAUAGCAUGUCCGUCUAGUAUAUCACUUUUCAGUCAAGCAGGUCAAAGUAUUUGCCCUUGAGCAUCUGCUGUAUUAAAGCUCAUCAUCAAACAGUAGAAGCAUUGUGCAUUUGUCUCUGGAUUAUUGGGGAACAAAAAGCAUAGUUAUUUGCUGUAUCAAUUAUUUCUCUGGUACUAAGCUUUGUAUAUUCAAAUUGCAUUUGCCCCAUUUUUGUUUUUAUCCCUUUUAUUGCAUCACAUUGCAUAGUCACCAUAAAUUCAGGAUGCACUGUUUGAAUAGGCAUUGAUUUGGGAGGUACACACAUCAUUGAAAUACGUGACUGUUAACAGUUUUUAACCUUAAUUUUUAAGAGAAAGUUUCCUAGUUGAAGGUGGCAAUAGGUGCAAGUGUUGUUCUGUCAGUGCUUUCACACAAAGUACUUGUCUUGUUAAUUUAUCGAUAAAUACUGAAGAGUGCUAGUGCAACACAACUAGCUUCAAAAUUAACACCACCUAUAUUUCUCUGCCGUGGUUGUUAUUCUUUUUUAGGACGCUUUUAUCCGUUACAUGUUGUUUUUAGUUUUAUGUAAUUGAUUGCUUUAAAUUUGUAAGAAAUUCACAGAAUUUCUAACAAGAAUUCUGCACAACAUGAAAUGAAAUACUGACUGCUACCAUUCAUUAGAAGUUUUGUUGUCCCAUUAGCUUUUCUGUGCCGUGAUUGAGAUGGCAGGAAGUUUAAAGAGGUGUGUGUAAAUGCAACUACUUGUGCAGCUGUUCUCUCUUCUGUGGUGCAUCCAAGUAACACAAUAUAGUUUCAGUUAUACAGAAGUAGCUUAAGAGUUAUCCCAUAGUGUGACCAUAAUAUUUAGGCUCCUUGUUAUAUAUAUGUAUAUGCAGUGUUUGUUGUGUUGUCAUUGUGCUAGAUAGUGAAAGCGUGUCCUUCCUUACUGCAUUUCUGGUGUGAGAGGUACCAAUAAAUGUCUCUUGCACUGUGC